UGAUCGCAGCUGUUUAAAAUCCCAGCUAGAAAAUCAGGUAGAAAGUUAGUCAGCUGACCAGAGAAAGAACUUUGCUGCCAAAUGAAGUUUUGUUUGCAGAGAAGACCUUCAGGUUUAAACUUCGGAGUCUCCAGGGAUGAGCCUGCCCUUUUCUCCCUUGUCUUCACCCUCUGAGUACCCUGGAUCCUGCUUGUGAAGAUGGACCACACACAACCUGUGCUUCCCAGCGUCAACUCAUCCUAUCUUCCACCUUUAUAUGAUCAACAAAGUCUGACAGAGGAUGAGGAGAGUGACGACAUCAGUCCCUCUGCAACCCUUCUUCCUAAGAUUUCCUCGGCGCCUCUGGCUGUGCGCUACAGUCCAGAAGAUUCGUACAAUCUGGUGUAUCUCACCUUUUUUCUGAUGGGUAUUGGUUCCCUGCUGCCCUGGAACUUCUUCAUAAUGGCGAAGCACUACUGGCUCUACAAGCUAAGCAACAGCACUGACCAGAACGAACGCUCCAGUCUCGGUGACUACUUUGAAAGUUACCUCUCCAUUGCUUCAGCUGUGCCUUCUGUGGUGUGCCUGAUAAUCAGCUACUUUCUUGUUAACAGGUUGUCUCCAAAGGUUCGAAUCAUGUCCUCCCUCAUCGUGAUGCUGUUGGUGUUCGUGGUGACCACGGUGCUGGUGAAGGUGGACGUCUCAGAAUACAGGAUGGAGUUCUUCGCCGGCACACUUGCCAGCGUUGCUGUGGUCAGCGGAGCCUCCAACAUCUUCUGUGGCAGCAUGUUUGGGAUCAGUGGCUAUUUUCCCAUGAGGAUCUCUCAAGCCCUUAUAUCAGGCCAGGCGAUGGGGGGCACCCUGACUGCACUAGCAUCGAUAGUGACCCUAGCUGUGUCUGAGGACGUGACCACAGAUGCUCUGUCCUAUUUCUUGAGCGCAGACAUCUUUAUCCUGCUCUGCAUUAUCUCGUUUUUGCUUUUGCCAAAGUAUGCAUAUUCAAGGCACUAUAUGCUGGCAGCGACCGCCGUCAGCCCCGGGACGCUCAGUGAGGAGCGGAGUCCAGCAGGCGAAGUCCCUCCACUGCAGCUCAUCAUUAAGAAGGCCGGGGUGCUUGGCCUCUGCGUCUUUUAUGUCUUCUUCAUCUCAAUCUCAGUAUUCCCUUCCGUCUCAUCGGGAAUCCAGUCUAUGAACAAGGACAGCGGCAGCCCCUGGGCAACAACUUAUUUUGUACCUCUGACCAGUUUUUUCCUUUAUAACGUGGCAGACUUUAGUGGCAGGCUGUUGACAGCCUGGGUGCAGACCCCUGGCCCCACCAGUCGGGUCCUGCCGGUGCUAGUGCUGGGUCGCUCCAUGCUGGUGCCACUUCUCAUGUUCUGUAACUACCAGCCACGGGACCACCUCCAUACUGUACUGUUCCCCCAUGACGUUUACCCUGUGGUCUUUAACUGCCUGCUGGGCCUCUCUAACGGCUACCUGGGUACCCUGCCGAUGAUCUACGGACCAAAGGUGGUUCCCCGGGAGCUGGCCGAAGCCACAGGCGUGGUCAUGUCCUUCUUCCUCACUCUGGGGUUGGCUGUUGGAUCUGCGUUUUCUGUUCUUAUUGUCCACAGUAUCUGAACCAAAGCCAUAUAUAGCUUUGUAGUGAAGGAAAACACUACAGCCUUUACUUUCGCUGGACCACCAGCUGUCACUUCCUCUGUACCUCAUUUGGUUUCCAGUGUCAUCUCAACCCUACAGUAAUUGGUGCCGAUUCUAAGAACUGAAGCAUUAUGUGUGCAAUUUGACAUAUUGCAGAAAUUAUACUCAAGAUAUGGAGGAGAUAAAUGUUUGGGGUAAGCAAUAAAUGAAACACUUGUUUAUAAUUUUGCUAAAAUAUGAACAAUGUAAAAAGAUUACCUGAUGAUGGGUUUAAAAUGUAACCGUUCAGUGUGUAACACAAGUACCAUUUUGCUGAAGAUAAAAGGCCAAAGUUGCUUUUGUUUUAAGCAAACUUGAUUCAUCAUUUCUAUGGUGCUGGUUUAAAACACUUCCUGAUAUUUUGUCCUAAUGCAUCUUUGUAGUUAAUUUAAUUGAUUAAUUCAGCUUAUUGUGAAUUUGGAAGAACCAUUUGUCCUUAUUCUUCCAUGUGAUCUCAAGCUUUGAAACUUCUUCAUUUAGUCAUUUCCUUAGUGGUCAUAAGGAAAUGACUCCAGAAGUUAGUGCAUAUGUAAGCUAAUCUUGCUGUUGAAUGACCUUACGUGACCCGUCAACCCAUUACCAGCUUUGACCGACAUCUUCAGAAGGGGCUUUUUGCACAUUGUGUACCAGAAUUUCUCCCAAGGAAAAGGAACCAAUCCCCUGGUAUUAAGCAAUUGCAAAUUGUCUUAAUGAACCCAACACAAGGAGUCCUUUAUCUGCCAGCAUGGUAGAAUGUUUAAACCUGAUCAGUACUUGUAUAUUUGGCAGAUUUUCAGUUAUUGUUUAACAUGUGUAAUCUUAGCAUUUUCUAGUCAUCUGAUGGUACUCUCAUCUUCUACAAGUAUUGAGCAGACAUGACACUGUUUUCACUUUGACUUUGUGAAACUUUGGAAUUGGUAUGUUUGAAAUCAUGUCUAUCUGUAUACUUAACUUUGGUAAGCAAAAAUGCCACUAAGCAUGACUGUACUUUUUUUUAUAUAUAUAUUUGUAACAUUUGUACAAAGUGUGAUGACUCAAGGUUAAUAUGGAGACAAUGAGAGCCAUUUUGAUUUGGAAAUUACUUUAAUUGAUAAAGUCAAAUCAACUGAAAUGUUCAGUUGCUCAAAGCACAUUUACAAUUUUAUGCAUUGGAGUCAAAUUUACAAAGAUAAGAGUGCAAACAUUGGGAGGUAGCCUCCACAUAUGCUCAUAAAAACAUCUACAAAAUGUUUGAGAUUCACCCAUGA